CAAUACUCUCGUCAUAGCAACAACAAUGGCCGCUUUUCGCCGACUGGCUUCAAUCGUAAACAGGUUAAACGUCUGGUCCGCUCCGAGAAACGAGCUCCUCGGCGCUCAGACGACUACCGGAGGUAGGACACAGAGAUGCCUCGCUGUUGGGGUGUGUCUCGCAGCCGGGGGAGCGGUGGCAUUCUAUUUUUACAACGACACGUACAGUCAAAGAUGCAGGAAGAGGAUGGGAUAUAACUUCAGUGGCCGCGACCUGCUCCCUGUCCUUUCCGCUGUAGAAGCACAGCAAAAGACGCGGCCGUUUGACUUUGAGGAAGGGGACGUGUACAUGUCGUCCCACGAGCAGCGCUUCCGUCUGUUCAGCUCAGUGGAAUAUGAGGGACAGCUUUACAUGACCCCGCAGAACUUCAUCGAGUCCGUCACCAUGAGCGAGCCCCAGAACAAGAAGCCGUGGAUGUCCCUCACUAAACAGGAGCUGGAGAAGAUCUUGGUAGACACUCCAGCGGUGUGGCAGGGAACGUCCAAACUGUUCCGGAACCUACGGGAACGAGGCAUCAUCGCUUACACCGAGUAUCUCUUUCUGCUCUGCAUUCUGACAAAGCCCCACGCAGGCUUCAAGAUCGCCUUCAACAUGUUUGACGCCGACGGGAACCAGAUGGUUGACAAGAGAGAGUUCCUAGUACUGCAGGAGAUCUUCAGGAAGAAAAAUGAGAAGAAGGGGAGGAAAGGAGAUGUGGAGAAGUCAGCUCAGCUGAGUAUGCAGCUCUACGGAUAUCAGGUUGCUCCCAUCAACAGCGUGGUUAAAACAGACAGUCAUCAGUUUGUGUCCAGGAGCUAUUGGGACGUUCUGAGGCGCGGCGCCAGUCAAGCCCUGUUUUCAGACCUGGCAGAGCGUGCGGAGGAGGGUAUGAUGAUUGACACCACACUGCUGGUGCACUUCUUUGGGAAGAAGGGGAAGGCGGAGCUGACCUUCGACGACUUCUACAGGUUCAUGGAUAACCUACAGACAGAGGUUUUGGAGAUAGAGUUCCUGACCUACUCUAAAGGCAUGACCACCAUCAGUGAGGAGGACUUUGCCUGCAUCCUGCUGCGUUACACCAACGUAGAGAACAUCAGCAGUUACCUGGACAACGUCCGCCAGAGCAUCCCUGACGAGAAGAGGCAACAGGGCAUCACCUUCGACGAGUUCCGCUCCUUCUUCCAGUUCCUCAACAACCUGGAGGACUUUGCCAUCGCCAUGCAGAUGUACAACUUUGCCAGUCGCUCCAUUGGCCAAGAUGAGUUUGGGCGGGCUGUGUACGUGGCCACGGGCCUGAAGCUGACACGUCACCUGGUCCACACCAUCUUCAAGAUCUUUGACGUGGACCACGACGACCAGCUGAGCUACAAGGAGUUCAUCGGCAUUAUGAAGGACCGGCUGCACCGCGGAGGGAGGGGCUACAAAACCGCAGAGCGAUUCACUUCCUUUAAGUCCUGUAUGAAGAAGGAGCUAGCUGGCAGCAGGUGAACAGGAAACAACACGCCUCCUUCCCCAUCUGCCUGCGUGCCGAGGCCAGGUAACAGGUCCACCAACUCUGGAGGAGGUUCCUGGCUAAGGUUUAAAGAAGGAGGAAGAGGAUGAUGAGAAGAGGAAGAGGAGGACGAAGAAGUGGAGGAAGAUGAGGAGAAUAGGAUGAUGAAAGUGAGGAGGAAGACGAGGAAAAGAGGUGGAGGGGGACUGGAGGUGAAGGAUUCAAUGAACAAUCUACAGGGGAACAUUGUGGUUCUAAGUCUACGUUCUAAGCCACCAUCCCCUCCAGUAGCAUGCAGAGAAGCUGCCGUUUUGCAACAGACAUCUCAUUGGUUUCAGUUGUCCAGUUUAUCCAAUCGUGGAUCAAUUCCGCAAUCCAUUUUCCUCCCAUUGCAAGUAGACCAGUGAUGUAUAGCCUACAUUACUGCACCUAGUAUUUAAGCAGUACUCACCAAACAUUUGAAUAAGCACAAAAAAAUUACAUUUUACAGAAAGUUGUAACUAAUCUCUGAUUACUCAUAAUAUAGAACGAUUUAUGUUAAAAAGUGUUCGUAUCACAUUAAGGUUUGUAAUAUAAUAAUAUAUCAUAAUUGUCAAAUAAAGACUGUGACUUACAUUACAGGAAGAGCCUGCAUGGUCAAGUGUAGUAUCUGUAUCAAAUGCCUUUACUAGUGAGAGAAAGGUAUGGGAGAAGGAAGAGAAUCUGAAAUCUUAAUGUCUUAAUCAUGUAUUUUUCUAUGAAUGCUUUUUUUCUGUUUACACAGGCCUACUUGCAUAUAUUCAGCAGCAAGUUUGGCCAUCUGGCUAGAUACUAAAGAUCAAUACAUGGCCUACAAAUGCAAUGAAUUCUACAAUGAAGCAAUAGUAGUAUGUUUUUGAAAUGCUUGCAAUUGAUGAUCUUCCAAAUGAGAGCGAGAGAGCAAGAGAGAGCAAGCUCAUGAUAUUCCUUUAUUAAGGCUCCUUGUCUUCUGUCUGUUGUGUGUGUGUGUGUUACGUUUGUAAUGAUUAGGCAGGGAAGAAGUAUAACUUUUUUUCAUGUGUGCCUUGUUUUCUACAUGUCUUCCCUGUCAAAACUAAUUCCAUUCCAGCAACAAAUUGUAUUUUACCUUUUCGGAAAGCAAAUUGCUGACCUGCCCUCCUCCCAGUGUACUGUGCAACCUAGGUUUCCAUGAUUCAACGUAAGUCACUAUGUAAUUUACCAACAUUUCACCUCAAUUGGUAAUGAUUGUAUUUAUUUAUUGAAUUAUUAAUCUGUUUGCAAUAUAAAGCUACUUAACAGCAAUAUUAUGAGCAGACGUUUUGAUUUUAAGCAUGAUAGUGAUUUAAUUCUGUUCAACGAUUCAAGGUGUAUCUCUGUAUUUAGUUUGAAUAUUAAAUAACUUAAAUGGUUUGACUUAACUGAUUUAUAGUUACUCUGCGUAUUUGCAUUAUAUUAGAAGCUAUAGAACAUGUAAAAACAUUUCUCGACCAUUCCCUCAACCAAGCGGUGAAAUGUAUGGUUGGUGUGAAAAGAACUUGACAGAAUGCAAAUGAAAAGCGCGAUGAAUGCACGAAUAAAGACUUUUGAAGGAAA